UAGUUUCUCAGGCUUGUCCCGAAACACAGUCCUUACAACAAACGAAAGCCCAAAAACGAAGACAAACAAAAUCCAAGGGUUUUAGGAAGAAACAAGAGAGAGAUUGGAACUCUCCUGUUCUGAAGUGAUUCAUUCCACUUCUCUGCCAUGAAGUUCCUUCGAUCUCUCAUUGUUCAAUCACGUCAUGCUGCGCUUGUCGGGUCACUGAAUGGGGUUUCUGGACUCCGAUUCUUCGCUGUUUCCACUGAAGAGUACGCCAAGAGAAACUAUGCAAACAACGUUUCCGAGUACAACACUGUUUUGGGCUCUCUCACUGCACAAAGAAGGAAUUUCUUGCUGAGAGAUGUGUAUCAUGAUAUGAUGCUUGAUGGGGUGAAACCUACGCGCGACACUUUCCAUUCCCUUGUUGUUGGAACUAUGAAAGGAGCUAGGAUGCAAGAUGCUUUCUUCUUCGUGGACCAAAUGAAAACUAUGGGUUUGCUCCCUGAUGUUACUUUGUACAACUUUCUGAUUUCGACUUGUGGAAAAUGCAAGAACUCUAAUAAGGCUAUUCAGAUUUUGGAGGAAAUGAAAUGCAUGGAAGUAAAGCCUAAUGUACAAACCUACAUCUGCUUGCUAAAUGCUUGUGCUGCCGGUGGACGCAUAGACCGAGUGUAUGCAAUUGUCCGUGAUAUGAUAGCUGCUGGUCUGGGAUUGAACAAGUUCUGCUAUGCUGGGCUUAUAGUUGCACACAAGAAUAAGACACCUCUUGCUGAUGAUUUUUCUGCAAAAGUCAUUGAGUUUGUGGAGAAGUCAAAGAUGUGGUCUUCAGUUGAAACCAACAGUGCCAAUGCUGAGAAUGUGAUGAUGGGUGUUACUGAUGAAGAAUUAUACAACCUACCAACAGCAGAAUAUAUUCAUAGGCGUGGAAGGUUUUUGAAUCUACCAUUUACAGCUUAUCACACUGCAUUUCAUGCUGCUGCAGACCUAAAAAAUGUUGAGGUAUUAAGUGUCAUGUCAUGCAUGUUAAAGUUUGGAUGCUGUUAAAUAAUUCUUUUUACCAUGCUUCUGCUUUAUUAUUCCAAUGCCAUUUGUUUGUAUGUGGAAUGAAAUCAUUCAACCAUAUGACUUCGAGAUGUUGGAUUUAAUUAUCAGCAGCAUU